AUGGAGGCAGUUAUCACAGCAGCUAUUGUGGCACUGUGCUUGAACUGCUGCUUGCAUAAGGAGAGGGGAAGAAAAGAUGCCAACAGUUCUUUGUUUGGUAGGAAAUAUCUUUGCAACGAUGAUCCAAAAGAUCACCAAUUGCCUAGCCUUCAGACUAAAACCUUUGCAUUAAGAAGAAGAAGAAGAAGAAGAAGAAGAAGUAGUAAUAAUUUUUUUAAAAGCCUCUGCAGUAAAGGAAACUUUUCAGAGAGUGAACAAAAAUUGGAACUGAAAGAGGAAUCUUUGAAAAUGGAAGAUAAGAAAAUCAUAAAUAUGACCACAGCUCGGUGGGUGAUUAAAAUCACUUACUUCCUGACGGCUCUGGAUCUGACCUGCAUGUUUAUGCAGUUUGGGAUUGUUCCAUAUUUGGCAACUAACUUGGGUUUGGAUGCAAUUGGAUUUGGAUACUUGCAAACAUUCUUUGGUAUUCUUCAGCUUCUGGGUGGCCCCAUCUUUGGAAGGUUUGCUGACCAGUUUGGAACUAGAGCUGCCUUGACCCUUUCAUAUUUGGCUGGAUCCCUGUGCUUCUUGCUCCUCUCUGUCUCCAUCAGCGUCCCCCUGCUCUUUCUAUCCAGGGUUCCAGGCACCUUCAUUCAUGGAUUACCAGGUGCACAGAUGGUUAUAACAGAUUUGACAACUCCGGCCAAACGUGCUGAUGCUUUAGGAAAGCUUGGACUUUGUUUUGGAAUAGGAGUAAUUCUUGGACCAUCCCUGGGCGGUAUUUUAACCACAAAGUUUGGCGUUGGUGUUGCUUGCUAUGUUGCAGUAGCUGGAUACCUUGCCUGUGCCUUGAUGGCCCUUCUUUGUAUUCCUUCCCAGACAAAGCCACAGUCCAAGAGAAGUGAAGCACAACAGGGAACAUCCCAGCCCAGUAGUGUUUUUAGCCUCCAAGAAAUUAUUCGCCUGUUGACACUUCCAGGAGUAAUGGAUGUUUUCUUAAUCAAAGUUCUUUCAGUAUUUCCUACAGGAAUGUUCCUAAUUAUGUUUUCCAUCAUAUCCAUUGAUUUCUUUGGUCUGGAAGUUGCUCAUGCUGGGUAUUUGAUGUCCUACAAUGGAAUCCUUCAAAUGGUCGUCCAGGGCCUAGUAAUUGGAAGGUUAACCAGUCGCUAUACUGAGCGGUCUUUGCUUAUGCUGAGUGUUAUUGUUUUAUGUGGCGUUGGCAUUGCUAUGGUCCUGAUGACCAAUGUAUUUCAUUAUUGCCUCAUUGUGCCCCCCAUGGUGUUUUCCUUCAGUAUUGUUGGUGUCAUUACCGAUAUUAUCCUGACCAAAUCAGUCCCUGUUUCCGACACAGGAGCCAUGCUGGGAAUCAGUGCUUCAGUUACUCCACUGAUACGGACAUUUGGCCCAACAAUAGGAGGAUUUCUAUAUAGACAAUUUGGGGUUUCCUCCUUUGGCUACUUACAGCUAAUGGUGAAUGUAUCUUUGUUUUUUUAUCUCUUAAAGAAGAAGAUCCCUCAGAAAGAAGAGAUAGUUCAGUGACUAAUUCCAUGGAUAUUGUUGAUAUAAAGAACAAAAAAGAGUCAUAUUUCAAAGCUUAUUUUUGGUCAUUUAAGUUUUUUAAAAUCAUAUUUGUUGGGUAGGAAUUUCCAAAGAGAAGAAAAGUAAUGUUGGACCAGGCAAAAGUCCACUGUGAGUUUAACCCUUAAUUUGCUAUUGCCAGAGGUGGUUCCAAGGGUAGCUUAGAAACCAGCUAUGGGAACAAUAGUGUUUUCCUAGACAUGUUUUACAAUUCUUAGUGUUCAGAGCAAGAAAGACCCCCUUGUUCCAGGCAGAAAAUCAAGUAGGUUGCCAGGUUGCAAUCCCUACAUGCAUUUAUCAUUUUGCAAUAAACACAAAUGUUUAAAAUGUC